AUGCAGCAGGCCCAGGUUCCAGACUCAGCAGCACAGCAGCAGGCAAUCAUGCAUGACAGCAGAGGCCACAGGUUCUCUAUAGUGCGCGCUGGCGACUGCUUCGGGGAUUGGGGGGUGAACUUGGAUACUGAGAACGGGCGAUUCCGGCUGACAUGCAUAUCUCAGCAGCAGAUCCCAGAAGAGUCUGAGGACGAUGAAGCUGUUCUCACCAUCAUCACAGAUGACGUGCUUCUUGAGAGAUGCACGGUUUUUCUGCUGGCAGCCGCUGUGGAAACAUCAUUCGCCGUCAUGCGCUGUGGAACGCCACAGUGCUCUGGAAAGCUGACCGCAGAUGGCAAGGAGCAUGCCAUUCUGCGGCAGUCAGCAAGACAUGCCUUCGGGUAUGAGCUGCUGUAUGACUGGGCAGCCAAGACAUCUGUUGGGGGCGCUCCUUGGUUCACUUUCUGGCGUGACACCCUGCAGAGGUAUGCUGGAGUGGGUGUGGAUAUUCUGCGCCGGUGGAUGGACCUGCGCUCUGUCUUUCAGAGUGCCACUCUGAAUUUUAUUGAGCUGCAGUUUCUGGACUAUGACUCUGGCCCUGGUGGGUUUGGCUGCGGCCACGACUCUGGAGUUACAGCCGAUGAAAUUACUCUCGGCUACCACCUUGAGCAAGCGCAUUUGGAAGCGCCAUAUCUUGCUGCACAGGACAGCAGCCUGGCGGCGGGGUCGACAUUCAGCAACAGGAUUUUUGUGCGCAACAAGAAGUUGCGUGACGUGUUGCACGCCUUCAGCUCUUCCAGGAGUGGAGGCGGGGGGAUCAAUGCGGAGGACUAUGAUUGGCUGACUGCAGAGGUGGAGCAGAUGCCAGCCGAUGCCCCCGAGUCAGCUCUGCUGCCGUUCCUGGGCGCUGAAGAGAUGGGCAUGCGCAUGUUUGCCUUCAAGGCUCAGCAACCCCUCCUGCACAUCUUGAGCACGAGCGCUCCAGUCUGCCAGCUUGUGAAGCCGUCAGUCUUUGAUGUGGUGGGGCUCAUCACAGAUGGCCACCUUGAGGCAGUGUCUGUGGAAAUGCUGAAGCCUCUCGCUGCCCGUUGCCCGCAUCUUUAUGCCUUCAUCAAGCAGUACAUGGGCCUAGCAGAGAUGCCGCCGCAUGCGACUGCCCUCCUUGCGGUGCUGCUGAAGGUGGCCAAGCAGGCGUUCGUGGAGGCAGAGCCUCAAACAUGGCAGUCAGUCCCCACCCGCCAGGGGGGCGACCAGCACCGCGCCAACGCAAAUCUGCGUCGAGCCAGCAGGAUGGCAACCACGACUACCAACCCUCUCACUUGGACGCGGGCAGAGACAUUUCUGCGCACUGGGAGCUGGAGUGGUCUGGGUCCAACUGAGUGGCAGCACACGACUCAUGGAGGCUCAGAUGUGUACAGGCCCCUGCGCGCGUACGCUGCUGACGGCCGCAGUUUCGGCACCGUGCCCACGUGCACAAAGCAUCAGCGGCAGACAAAGAAGCUGGUGCCUGGCUGCCAGUUCUUUUGGUGCCUAGAGUGCCGCAAGUGCAACCUCUUCGUGGUAAUGGGGGAUGCUGAGUCACCUCGCACAAUCUUUGAGGCAUUGUACACGAGGUUUCCGUCAGCGCCGCGGCGCUUCUGCUUUGACAAUGGAUGCAACGUGCACAACUACAUCCUCAACCGUGAGCCACAGCACUUCAAGGAGAUGGAAGUGUACAUUGACGAGACCCACUGGCAAGGCCACAAGCACUGCUCAGUAGGGUACAACACCGGGGAGUACAAGGAUUUUGUCAACUCCCCGCUAGCGGAAGAGAAGAAUAGAUUCCUAGGGAUGGCUCGCACGCAAUGUGCUUACAUGCAGCAGAUUACUUUCUUGAGAUAUCUGAGAUAUUUCUUAUACCGCCUCAACAAGCUAGAAGCAAUCACCACCGCCGGUCAGUGCUGGUGGCGGCGGCCGUCCAAAGGCCUAAAUGUAUGAUCAUCCUAAAAUGCAUGUGUCAUUAGGCCCAUGAAGAGUGUCGACCUGUAUUAACUACUAUAUUUGCAACAGGCCAUGGUGGUUCAAAAUGAGAUCAUUGUUGUGAUCUCUACAGAUUUUAGUUUUGCCGUUGUC